AUGAAUAUUUUUGCGGAUAGGCACCUUGUUAGAAAAUCCGGAAUGAUCGUUUACCCACAGGAAGUACUUCAAAACAAAGUUGUAGCGUUGUAUUUCUCGGCGGGAUGGUGUCCACCUUGCAAAGAGUUUACACCAAUUUUGGGCGAAUUCUACAAUGAGCUGCAAGAAAACGAGCUUCCUUUCGAAAUAGUGUUCGUUUCAUCUGAUAAAACAGCAACAGAUAUGGAAACGUAUUUCAAGCAAAGUCACGGAGAUUGGUUGGCUGUUCCUUUCGGCAGUGAAAUUAUCCAGGAGCUAAAAAAUCGUUAUCAUGUCACGGCAAUUCCGAAGUUGAUUGUCGUGACAGACGAUGGUGAUGUCGUGACAGCUAUGGGACGAAAGGAAGUGACGGACAGUGGCCCUAAAUGCUUUACUCAGUGGGCACAUGCUGUGUCUGUGGCACGGGGGGAGGUGGCUACCACUAUAACCAGAGCAAGCGGUCGAUUGACAGUCGGUAAUGAAUAAAGAAUUAGUUUGUAGGUUGACUGGAGUGGAAAUCAUAGCAUUUAUGAGAUGGGUGGUUUUUCACUCACCCUAAUUAUGUUUGUGAUUAUGGCAUGCUAAUGAGCUCUAAAAAGGGCAAAACAUCAUUGUCGGUACCUGCCCUCAAGUUUGCUCAUGUGGCUUAGGCUUCCACUUUUUGUACUUUAAGGCUUUUAAUGAUGAACAUAACCCAUGG